CGUCUCCACCAAACCAUUGGCAACCCAAUGGGAGACCCUGUCAAAUUCACGGAGUUUUUCCUUCUAUAGUCGGCGAAUUCAUGGCCGGGGUUCGGUUGGGGCGGAGCACCAAACGCGUCCCCCUGGUGCUCUGCGCCAAGGUGACGCUGGUGGUACUUCUAGCGAUCGGUUUCAUCGUUAUCCGGUACACCUUCUCCUCCUCCUCCUCCGCCGAGGUCUCCUCCCAGAGGAGCAGCUUCGACGACAUCUUCGACCCUGAGAGCUCGCCGGUGGCGAAGGAGGAGGAGGAGGUGGAGGAGAACAAGAAGAGGAAUCCGAGCUCGCCGCCGAAAGAUGGGAGUGAGAAUGGAUCGCUGGAGAAGGAAAUGAAAGAAGGGGAGAUCGAGGAGAAGGCGGCUGCGGCGGCGAAGAACGAGACGAGAGACGCAGAAGGGCAGCAGGAGAACGAGAAGCAAGGGGGAGAGGAGAAGGCGGAGGUGGUGGAAGGGGAGGGAGGGAUCGAUGAGGACAUGGAGGAUGGUGUUGAUGUGAAUACGGAGGUGGAAAAAGUGGAUGAGGGGAGGAGUGGGGCGAAUGGGAAGGAAAAGAACAAGAAGAAGAAAAAGUUGGGACCUCUGUUCGAUCCAGGGGCUCGGUAUAAUUGGAAGCUUUGUGGUGGCAGGCAUGGGCAUAACUAUAUCCCUUGUGUUUAUAUGGAAGGUGGUCGUCGGCACCAUGAAAGGAGCUGCCCGCAGAUACCGUUGAUGUGCUUGGUUUCUCUUCCUCAGGAGUAUAAACCUCCACUGCCUUGGCCGGAAAGAGAAUCCAAGAUAUUUUAUAAGGAUGUGGCUCACCCAAAGCUCUCUGCAUUCAUUAAAACUCAAAGUUGGUUAAAUUUGUCUGAGGAGUUUUUAUUAUUUCCUCGGGAGGAAUCAGAGUAUAAGGGUGGGGCUCAGCGCUAUAUCAAUUCGAUUGAAGAGAUGGCACCAGACAUUGAAUGGGGGAAGAAUAUUCGCGUAGUAUUGGACAUUGGAUGUACAAGUGCUAGUUUUGGAGCCACUCUUCUUAAGAAAAAUGUGAUAACUUUGUCUUUGGGAUUGAUGAAUGAUCAAAUAGAUCUAGCGCAACUAGUCCUUGAGCGUGGUAUCCCUGCAGUGGUGGGAGAUUUGGGAUCAAGAAGGCUUCCUUUUCCAAGUGGUGUUUUUGAUGCUAUUCACUGUGGCAAAUGCAAUAUACCAUGGCAGUCUAGUGGUGGGAGGCUCCUCUUUGAGAUGAACAGGAUUCUGCGUCCUGGAGGAUACUUCAUUAUAUCAACAAAACAUGGAGAUAUCGAUAGUGAAGAAGGUACAACUAAACAUGUAGAUAACAAUAGUGAAGAAGGUGCAACAAAACAUGGAGAUAUAGAAACUGGAGAAGGCAUGUCAACAUUGAUGGCAUCAAUCUGCUGGAAUAUUCUGGCACACAAAACUGAUGAGGUCAGUGAAGUGGGUGUUAGAAUAUAUCAGAGACCAGCAUCAAAUGAUAUAUAUGAGUUACGACGGACUAAAGAACCUCCUUUCUGCAAGGAAGAUGACAAAAUAGAUGCUGCUUGGUAUACUCCCAUAAAAUCAUGCUUACAUAAAGUUCCAUCUGCUAUAGAGCAACAUGGAACUGAUUGGCCUGAGGAAUGGCCCAAGAGGCUUGAAACUUUUCCUGAAUGGCUGGGUGAUUCACGAGAAAAGUUGACUGCAGAUCAUGAGCACUGGAAGGCUAUCAUUAACAAAUCCUAUCUUAAUGGGAUAGGCAUUGAUUGGUCUCAUAUUAGAAAUAUUAUGGAUAUGAAAGCCAUUUAUGGAGGAUUUGCUGCAGCCCUUUCAUCUCAAAAGGUUUGGGUCAUGAAUGUAGUUCCUGUGCAUUCUCCAAACACUCUUCCUAUAAUUUAUGAGCGUGGACUUCUUGGCAUCUACCAUGAUUGGUGUGAACCAUUCAGCACAUACCCAAGGUCUUAUGAUCUUUUGCAUGCUGAUCAUCUGUUCUCACGUCUUAAGAACAGGUGUAAGCAGCCAGUUGUCGUCGUGGUUGAGAUGGAUCGAAUUCUAAGGCCAGGAGGUUGGGCUAUCAUCCGCGAUAAGUUGGAGAUCUUGAAUACAUUGGAGACAAUCCUAAAAUCGCUGCACUGGGAAAUAAGGAUGACUUAUGCCAAGGAUAAGGAGGGUAUUAUCUGUGCACAGAAGACAACAUGGAGGCCAUAAAGCAGCUAUUGAUCUGAUCAUGUCUAAUCAUUAAGUCAAUUUUCCUCCAUUCUAAGGGAAAAGGCUGGGGUUUGGAUUCUGGAUUUUUGUUCAUCAUUGACAUGAUUCAAUUUUGAUUCCUUUCUUAUGGAUUAAUGUCAUCUCGGUGCCCUUUCAAGUAUAUGAUAACCAUUUUCAUCGGAUGCAUUAUCGUUCAAGAAAAAGUGGACGGAUUUCUGCUUGACUUACAGUUUCCUCUCUUGAUUGUUUUGUUCAAAUGAAAAACCGAAUUUUAUUUAGAAGCAUUUGAUUCCGGGAUUACUCAGAAGCAUACACAGUUCUGGAGAGUUCUCACUUCAACUGUUCCUCUUUUUAGGCUCACAGUUUUCUAAGCUUGUAAAAUGUAGAUCUGUGAUUGUAAUUUGAAACUUAAAAAAAAGCUGUACUUUGGAAUGGCUUGAGAGAAAAAAACUAUGUUGUUUUACCAUUCAACACCGGAUAAAAUUGUAGAAUUGCGAUGUACCCUGGACCAGUUUUGAAAUGAUGAUUGAUGAGCCUGUGACAGCCAAAA